AUGCCGUCUGCUACAAGCAUCGCAUCUUUCACGCGACAGUUCCGUGUCUUGGUCGUCGGGGGCUCAUACGGUGGCUUGACCGCAGCCCUGACGUUGCUUGACCUAUCUCGCGGUCGAGUAGCCCGUUUCAACUCGACACCAGAUGCACAGCCGCCGCAGAGACAGCUUCCCAUCCAAAUAACUGUCGUGGAUGAACGUGACGGUUUCUAUCACUUAAUUGGAUCUCCUAGAGCCUUGGCAUCUGAAAAUUAUGCAUCGAAGACCUGGACAAAGUUCGAGGACAUUCCGGCCUUGAGGUCCCCGGAUAUUCGAUUUCUGCGCGGUAGUGUGAACUCCGUUGACUGCCAAAGCAAAGUGGCCCGUAUCCUUGACGCCCACACCAAAGAAACACGAAAGGAGAAAUACGACUUCCUGAUUGCUAGUUCAGGACUGCGACGUGUCUUCCCAACCGUCCCCAAGUCUCUUCGCAGGGAUGAGUUUGUGGAAGAAGCCAAGAAGCACGUAGGUGAUAUCUACAAUGCCCAGGAUGGAAUUGUGGUUAUCGGAGGGGGCGCUGUUGGUGUUGAAAUGGCAACUGAGCUCAGACUUCUUCAUCCCAACCGCAAUGUCACGUUGAUCCACUCUCGUGAUCGUGUACUUUCAGCAGAACCUUUGCCGGCUGAAUUCCAGGAGCGUGUGGGAUCCAUUCUGCGUGAAGCAGGCGUGAAGCUCAUUUUUGGACAACGAGUCCGCGACAUCACAGCUAUCGAGACCGAGGGAGAGCGACGUCUCUGGAAACUUGAGCUGGCUGAUGGAAGGACCAUCUAUGCAGGCCAUGUCAUGAACGCCGUUUCCAAAUCUGUUCCCACAACGUCGUACCUACCAGAAGAGGCCCUAACUGAGGAAGGCUACGUCAAGAUCCGCCCAUCCACGCAAUUCCCCAAGAACCUGCAGAACGCCGAUUCCCAUUUUGCCGUCGGUGAUAUGGUUUCCUGGUCAGGAAUCAAACGUUGCGGGGCUGCAAUGCAUAUGGGCUAUCACGCAGCAGUCAAUGCUCAUCAGCUCAUGCUGUCGGAGGAUUCGAACUACAAGCCCGAGUUUAUUAACCUCCAGGAGGUACCUCCCGUCAUGGCGCUCUCCAUGGGCAAGACAGCAGUCACAUAUACCCCGGAUUCGGGAACGAAGGAUGGAGAAGAUGUCCAUGAUGUUAUGUUCGGCGAGGAUAUGGGUUAUAGCAUUUGCUGGAACUACAUGAGAAUGUCUGAACCUUGUCAGGCAUAA